GAGGAAACCAGAGAACCCAGAGGAAACCCACGCAGACACGGGGAAAACAUGCACACUCCUCACAGAGAGGAACCCGGUCACCCGGCCGGGGAAUCGAACCCAGAUCCUCCCUGCUGUGAGGCGACAGCGCUACCCACCGUGCCGCCCCGAGGUCUCUGGCAGUUGGUCAUCAGUACUCGUCUCUGGCCUCUCAGCCCAUCCUCUGCAGCUCCAUUCCAGGCCUGGUGCCCAAGCAGCUGCGCUUCUGCAGGAACUAUGUGGAGAUCAUGCCCAGCGUGGCGCAGGGGGUGAAGAUUGGCAUCCAGGAGUGCCAGCACCAGUUCCGGGGCCGCCGCUGGAACUGCACCACCGUCAACGACAACCUGGCCAUAUUCGGACCUGUUCUGGACAGAGCCACGCGGGAGUCAGCGUUUGUCCACGCGAUUGCGUCGGCGGGCGUGGCGUUUGCCGUAACCCGUGCGUGUGCUGAGGGCUCUGCCACCAUCUGCAGCUGUGAUACGAGGAGGAAGGGCCCGCCGGGAGACGGCUGGAAGUGGGGCGGCUGCAGUGAAGACGUGGAGUUCGGAAACAUGGUCUCACGAGAGUUCGCCGAUGCCCGAGAGAACCGGCCUGAUGCUCGAUCUGCCAUGAACCGCCACAACAACGAGGCUGGGAGAAUAUCAAUCACAGAUCACAUGUACCUGAAGUGCAAGUGUCACGGGCUGUCGGGCAGCUGCGAGGUGAAGACGUGCUGGUGGUCUCAGCCGGAUUUCCGUGUGAUCGGAGACUACAUGAAGGACAAGUACGACAGCGCCUCGGAGAUGGUGGUGGAGAAACACAGGGAAUCCCGCGGCUGGGUGGAAACCCUGCGGCCCAAAUACGCCUACUUCAAACCCCCCACCGAGACGGACCUGGUCUACUACGAGAGCUCGCCCAACUUCUGCGAGCCCAACCCGGAGACGGGCUCCUUCGGUACACGUGACCGUGUGUGCAACCUGACGUCUCACGGCAUCGACGGCUGCGACCUGCUCUGCUGCGGCAGGGGACACAACACCAGGACCGAGAAGCGCAAGGAGAAAUGCCACUGCAUCUUCCACUGGUGCUGCUACGUCAGCUGUCAGGAGUGCACGCGCAUCUACGACGUCCACACCUGCAAGUAGGUCCUGUGUAGCUCACUAGCUGCCCCCCCCCAAAAAAAAACAAAACAAGACUGCCACGAAGAAAAGAGGCCAGGUUUGACGUUCCCCUGGGAGUCUUCUGCUGAAAGUGUUGCGGAUUACGACCGACAGGUCAGGCGGAGGUUGUCUUAGGUCCACAAACUCAACAAGCACUCAAAAAGGAAGGGUGAUGGCACCUUUUGACAUGCUAGCCUCUUUCAGAAACACUGCGUUAACCAACAAAGGAACUCGUUCCCAAUGGGAUUCCCUUGUAAGGAUGGCUCGAGCUGCAAGCCCGACUCUCGGAGGGACUAUUCUUUGACCAGGGUGCGGCGUGGGAGGGGGUAAGAGGGGUGGAUUGGGGUUUUAGACAAGAGAAGUAGGCCCUGGGGACCUGAGCGAUUGUGCCGAGGAGAAAAAGAGCAAGAAAAGCUAGGAGGAAAAGAGGUCUUGUAGUGGCACGUGGCUCUCCGGAUCACUCCGGAAGACCUGCCCUCUGAGGCACUGUAGAGUAGCUAAGCCUAUACAGUGCUCAUUCUCUGCUAGCGUUAGCAUUAGUCUCCUUGCUGACACCAUUAAAAAGCUAUUAGUGCCAGAUCUUAGUGGCUCCAACGUUUUUGUUUGAUAUUGUUGUGAAGAAAAAUAGUAAAUGACAUGUUAGAUGUUGUGUGAUGUUGUAUGUGCGUGUCUGUGAGAGUGACCAAGCAACUGGACCCAGGAAACAGGUGGAGUGCGCUGUUAACAGGUUACUAAUUAGGUUAUGAAUGCACUUGUGCCUGAGCGACCGUUACAUAUUCCUCAGUUUCUCUGAAUUCGCCUGUUUGUUUUAUGAAUCAUAACCGGACGUCACUGUUCAAUAACUCCAGCCCUGCUCGGCCAGCGCCGAGCGCAUGUCUGGCAAUGUCACGGCUCUGCCCUCUUUCAAAGUUUCUGUCUAGACCUUCUGCUGUAAGGCUGUAAAUCUAAAGCAGCGGGAAACUCUGUGCUGCCCUGUUUGCACUAGUUUUGUCCAAAGACAAAUGACUAAUUGGGUUCGUUAUCUAUUAGACGGUCUUCCAGCACUUCGGCUGGAGGCUCAUUCGCGUGUAACAGUAUUAGUGAAUUUUCACAGAGCUGCUUUCCAGAGUAGAUUAAAAUAACACGGACUAAACCUGACCUUUUAUCCCGGGAACACACUGGAGGUGGAUGAACACUGGAGCCCAGAGGGAUUUGAGAAGAAUAUUAGGGCUGCACGAUGUGGACAAAGUGCUAACAUCGGGAUUAAGUUGGAAGUUUAUUGGAAACAUUUUGGUGAAUCAGUAAUGUGAUACAGGAAUAUGCUGAUUAAUCAAAACAAGACCAGGAGCCCAUCUGGAGCUGUGCUUGGUCAGAAUUCUUACAGUACCACUCUGUAUAUCGUUGCUGGCCCGGUUUCCCAAAACCAUCUCAAUGUCACAGUCAUCUGGUGGAGAGAGAGUGUUCACCAUGAUGCUGGCUCUACCUUCUGAGAAUCAGCAUUGUGCUGAGAUGCUUUAGAGAAACUCAGCCGCUGUCGGGACAAAACCCCAAAUUUUCACUGUUUUCAGAAUUUCAAAAAGCCAUUUUGCCUGUACAACAUGUUAAAUGCCAUGAAGGUGGUAAAUGGACCAGUAACUCACUUUCCUAGUUUGACCCUUUGACCUGUCCAUGAUAAUGCAGGCCGAAGUCCAGCUGCAGUCCAGCUGCAGUGCUAGAACCGUGAUUGUAGAGCUCUCAUUUCACGAGCUGUAUGAACAAGACCAAGAGGGAGGGGCUGAACCCCUGACCAUAUAUAUGACACAUAUGAUAUAUACACUCAGUGGUUGGAACGUGCAGACACUGUUGCUCUCACUGGACGUCACUGAUGAAGACUGUUCACUUUGUAAAGAUCACGUGAUGUUCAUGUUCAAGUUGGAGCCGUAGAACCAAACGCACUGCACUGCUUAAGAAAUGGAUUAAAAUCUCUGUAGAGUCAAACAAAUAAUACAAAUUAGCUUCGUCACAUUAACUACAGAAUUUGGCAGCCCUAAUAUAAAUGCAUUGGUCAGACAGAACAUUCUGACCACCUCACUGUCCACUUUAUCAGCUCCACU